AUGGAUAUAGUUGACCGUGUUUACUCUGUGAUACCCAUACAAAAUAUUAAAUGUGACACAGAUUUAACUGAAUUUGAAAACGAACAACCAUUAGAUAUAUCUGAAGUUGUUGGCAGAACAUAUGGAACACCAGAUCCAGAAGUUGGAGAACAUCUAAAAAAAUUAAAUCUAACAACAAUUAAUCCAGAAGAAAUAGGAAGUUAUUUUGAAGGUGAUAUUUUGAAACCAGCUGUCCGAGGUAGAAAUGGUAUGUUAGAUGAAGUUUAUAGAUGGCCAGAUGGUACGGUACCAUAUGAAAUUCGUGGAUCGUUCAGUAAAAAUGAUUUAAAUUUAAUUAGUUCAGCCUUUAAUGAAUAUCAUAAACAAACAUGUAUUCGUUUUGUACCAAAAAGUAAUGAAAAAGAUUAUAUUGUAUUUCAAAAUGGUAAUACUGGUUGUUGGUCUAGUGUUGGAAGAGUUGGUAAUGGUGCUCAAGUAAUUAAUUUACAAACACCAGGAUGUGUUGUAAAAAUUGGCACAGUUUUACAUGAAAUCAUGCAUGCUUUAGGUUUCUUACAUGAACAGAACAGAGAAGAUAGAGAUUCUUAUGUUUCGGUUGAUUGGAACAAUGUUAAAAAAGCUGCAUAUAAUAAUUUUGAAAGAGCUACCCCUCAAACAACAACGGCAUUCGGAGUUAGUUAUGAUACUGGAAGUGUUUUACAUUAUUCAUCAAAUGCAUUUGCAAUUGAUCCAUCAAAACCAACAAUUAUACCAAAAGAUCCGCAAGCACUUAAAGUAAUGGGUCAAAGAGAAAAUUUUUCGGCUGCUGAUGUAAAAAAAAUAUGGAAAAUGUAUAAAUGUAAAUCACCAACAGCCAGUGGACAAAAAACAAAUAAUAAUUUACACGCUCUCGAGGCUAUUGGUGGAAUUAUUUCAAAUGUUUUUAAAAUUGGUGAUGAAGAAGAAUUAGUCGAAUAAAAUUUAAAUUAUUAAUAUAAA